AUGGCCCCCUUACUCCUUCGUAAUGGCAACCGCAUCGCCUUCCAGCGCGCCGCACGCUUCCCACGCCAACUACCCGCCGUGGCCAUUCUGGUCCCACGCAAGGCCUUGUCCACCGACACCUCCACCGGCCACGGCAACGAGGGCAACCAGCCGCCACCAGGCUUCAACAUAGACCAGGCGCGGAAACCACUGCCGAAGGAGCAGCAGCAGCAGCAGCAGCAGGGCGAGAAGAAGGCACAGAUGGCAUCCUCUCAAACCCCAUCAAAGGCGGCGGCGGCGGAGAUGAAAGCGAACGACGUCAACAUCCCCAUCGCCAAGCCAAGCGAGCGCGCUCCCACCAAAGCAGAGGAGACGCGCAGCCUCAACGAACUCGCCGCGAGCAAGCAUGCCGCCGACGAGGCCGAGAACAAGAAGGAACUCGCGAAGAAGGAGGAGAAGAAGAAAAUGACCCUCUGGCAACGCGUCAUGCACGAAGUCCACCACUACUGGGACGGCACCAAACUCCUCGCCACCGAAGUCCGCAUCUCCACCAAACUCGCAUACAAAAUGGCCGCCGGCUACGAAUUGACCCGCCGCGAGCACCGCCAACUCCACCGCACCGUCCAAGAUCUCGGCCGUCUCGUCCCCUUCAGCGUCUUCGUCAUCGUGCCGUUCGCCGAGCUACUUUUACCGGUCGCCAUCCGCCUCUUCCCCAACCUCCUCCCCUCCACCUACGAAGACGCCAAGUCGAAAGAGAGCAAAGCCACCCGCCUCCGCACGAACCGCAAAGAAGUCUCCAACUUCCUUCGUCAGACUUUACGAGAAACCGGCCUGCCCGUCUCCGCCGCCACGCUAGAAAAGGAAGAAUUCACCGAGUUCUUCCGCAAACUCCGCGCGACGGGCGAGUCGCCGUCCAAGACCGACAUCAUCAAAGUCUGCAAACUCUUCAAGGACGACCUCACCCUCGACAACUUGUCCCGGCCGCAAUUGGUGGGGAUAUGCAGGUACAUGAACCUCAACACCUUCGGCACGGACGCCAUGCUGCGCUACCAGGUGCGCCACCGCAUGCGGCAGAUCAAGCGCGACGACCGCGCCAUUUCGUUCGAGGGGGUCGAGUCACUCUCCGUGCCUGAACUGCAAACCGCGUGCGCCGCGCGAGGGCUACGCACGCAGGGGAUGAGUCCGGGGCGGCUGCGGGAUGACCUACAACUCUGGCUCGAUCUGAGGCUGAAAUACGGCGUCCCGUCCACUCUUCUAGUCCUCAGCAACGCCUUCAUGUACGCGCAGGGCAAGGAGACGGAAUUCGACAGUCUGCUGGACGCUCUGCAGGCCGUGCUCAGCAGUAUUCCCGAGGAGCUGUUCCACGAGAUCGAGCUGGAAGUCCAUACCGCCGAGGGCGCGGCGACGAACAAACAGCGAUUGGAGGUGCUGAAGGAGCAGCAGGAGUUGAUCGCCGAGGAGAACGAACAAGCCGCCGAAGCGAAGGAGAGGGGUAAGGUGAGCGAUCGGGAUAAUAUCGAUGAGCAGGAUGAGGAUGUCAAGCAGGAGAAGGCUAUGAAGGCCGAGGAGCAGGCGGACGCGGGAGCAAAGGAGGUGGGAGAAGGGAAGGAAGCGGCGGCAGCGGUGGAGGGGAAGGAUGUGGAGAGCGAGAAGACGGCCGCAACGGGCGAGGACGAGGAUGCGAAGUUGCGGGUGGAGGAUGUGGAGAUGGAGCGGGAUGCCAAGGCGGCGGCGAAGAAGGCGGAGGGGGGGAAGGCUUGA